AUGGCUAUCAGUUCAGUGGUUGAUAGAAGCACCGGCUUGCGAUUUCUGAUGAUCUGCUUUUGCCACCUUUUCGCCACAAUCAUCUUCGUUCGCUGGUUUGAAGAAUGGAUCACACACGGCAAUAAUCCAGACACUCUUGAGAGCUAUUUUUCGUCGGUCUCGAAUGGAAUUUAUACAGUUCGCGGGUCGAAUGUCACCGAUUGGCUCGAGUUGCCGUGGUCUCGCAACGAAGUGCUGCGAAUGGCGCUUCGAGACCCGCGUCUUCAAGCGGAAAAAGACAAACCAUUUGCGCUGUUUGAUAAAGCCAAACAAUUGUGCAUUUCUCAUGCGGAGCAAAUGGGAUACGUGUUGCAUAGACAAAAAAUAACCGUGAUCAAUACUGAACAAACGGCGGUUUAUGGCAAAAAGACAGGCGUUUUACUCACACCACGAUUAAUAUUCACUUCGGUUUUAGCUCAUGAAAUGAUUCAUAGCAUGAAUAUUGGCCACUCUUAUAGCGAUCGCAAAAAGAAGAUUUUCACUUAUUCGGCAUAUGGAGAGUAUGACGAUAAAUAUGACUUGAUGUCAACUGCAAAUGCCCAUAUGCGUCCGUCAACCUACGGUCUAAGUGGUCCCGGUUUGAAUGGUCCGCAUCUCGAUUAUCUUGGAUGGUUGCCAAAUGACCGUCAGAGUUAUACUCUUCGUAUUUCGGCACUUUCGGUUCCCCAUAGAUUAACGAGCGGUUGGCUUCUCGUCAUGAUACCCUACGAUCGAGAUGAGCCAGCUAAUGUGUAUACAGUGGAAUACCGAACACCAAUUGGAAACGAUGCUGCAAUUCGACAAGGAGCCGUAGUAAUUCAUAAAGUUCAAAAGAAAGGCGCAUCAUUCUAUUCGACGCUCAUCACACAUGUUCAUAAUGAAUAUGACGAAUUGACUGUAGGAACAGAAUGGGUCAAGUUUUUAAGACUCGAUGAAUAUGGAGAUUUUCAAUAUAUUCGAGUGAAGGUUGAAAGGACGCAUUUGAAGACGAACAGUGCUGAUAUCAAAAUAACUACCAACUUUAGGCCGGAACGAUGUUAUGGAUCGGAUCAAGUGAUUGAUGUCUCCGAUCGAGAAGAUCUUCAACUUCGUGGUGUUCAGAAGGUUUGUAUUCCCAGUGGACAAAACGAUAUUACCCAAGAAACCAUUGAUCGCCAAUAUAAACGAGACGCAUUUUUCUAUCUGCGGAAGAGUUUUGGACAAAAUGAAUGCAUUGAAGGAAAAGAAUGGAGAAAGCUGGAUGCAUAUGACUAUGUUUGUGUACCGUCGUAUAGGCGCACAGAAAUAAUGGAUCAGACAGUAGUGAAAAUGGAAGGAAAUCCGAAAAAGUGUCGCGAUGAUUUGUUCCCUCGAUUAGCGUUUCAAAGCGACGAAGCAUGUGUUUCGGAAGGCGAAUCUGAAAAGAUCAGAGCUGAAAAUCUUCAAUCCCACCAAUACCUCAAAUAUUACGCAUUUUUUAAUGGCGAUGAUAGUGUCGGAACAUAA